AUGCCGCCGCCGCCGCUGCCGCUGUCUCCAGCUCGGGUGUUCGCCGAGUUGGUGUCCCCGCCGGUCGGCUCCGGCACGGGAGAGGAUGAGCCGGCCAGAGCCGCCUUAGGAGGGCCGCUUGGGCGGGAAGUUCACGUGAGCGGCAGCGCGGAGCUCAGCGCCGGACCGGAUCGGGCCAAAGUCACGGUUUAUUUGAGAAGCAGGAAAGGGGAAGCCGGCGCGGCGCAGAGCAGCGUCGCUCGCAGGCUAGACUACAUUGCCCAGACGGUUCGGCAGCGCGGCGGCGUCUCGGAAAAUGAUGUGACUGUGACAAAAAACUUCAGUAGAAUAGAAAAUGCAUAUAAGAUGGAAGCAGAGGUCUGCAUUAUAUUUACUGAUUUUGGAAAAAUGCAAGAUACAUGUAAUCAUCUUGUUGAGAAACUAGAUAAAUCUGUUAUCAUCAGCUCACCUCACUUUUACCAUACAGUGGAGGCUAUAGAUACCCUUCGGAGGCAGGUAUGCGUUUCUGCUGUUAGAAGUGCUCAGCAAAAAGCUCAAGAGGUUUGCCAAUUAUUUGGACACUCCCUAGGGAAACCUCUGCUAAUCAAGGAAGAAGAGGUAAAGGAGUCGGAAGGUCAUCUUGAAGAUCAUAUAGACAAUUCUUCAGAUUUAUUCAGUUUUCAGCAGAAACUCCAAAGUGCCACCAUCUACGUUUCUUCAAGGGCAUUUGCCAUUUUUGAAAUAAAGGGAGAGAAGAAGAGGAAAAAGGCUGCUCUUGUAAAAGUGAAUUAAUUAACCUCUACAACCAUUAAUUAAACUUUGUUUAACCUUUAUAAAGAAGAAUGUACUCAGGAAGCUCUACUUGAUUUUUCCAUAGUCUUAAAUUUAAAAUUACAGUGGAACUAUAAGUAGAAACGUCUUCUAUUAAAUGGGGUGAAAAAUGUGGAUCCCUGCCAGUGUUUUUAGAAAGUCAUUGUUCAGAUGUUAUAUCUAAAAUUAAUGGAAAGCUUUAUUUAGCUAUCAUUAUACAACGCAAGAAAAUGCUCACCGAGCAUCAUUUUAAAGUAAUCACUGACUCAUUCUGUUGCUCAACAAGGCAAACAUAGGUAGAUGUACCUUGUAGUCCACCCUUUGUCAGUAGGUUCCGCCUUUUUAGAGCAUUUGUUACUACAACGUCUUAGAAAACUGGUUUAUCUAAAAGGCAUUCAGAGUUACUAUUAUAUAGCAGCCAGUAGUCCUAUUGUGUAUAUAAAUUUAUUCUAAAACCUAAAAAUUAAUUUUAUUAAUGCAGCAAUACACGUCUGGUUUGGUCCAAAGCAGUCUGCUUUUUAAAUAAAAUAUUUGUACAACAGCUUCAUUGUGACUUUCUUAUUGCUAAGUUGUAAAUUGCUUAGUUAGGCUUUGUUCAAGAAGUAUUAAGGAAAUUGUUUUUCUCAAUGCUUUAUAAUCCAAACCAAAUUGGUUCAGUACUGUGUACUAGGACACCAAUUUUAAUGAAAAAAGAUAAUCUUGGGUAGGUUAAUUUUGUUCGGUUUUGAUUCCACUUAGAAAUAUUUUCCGCAGGAUUUCUAAGAUUUUCGGAUGAAAGUAUUUAUGUACGGUACCUACACAAUUGUGAUAGGACUUCCAGUUGUGCUAAGAUGGAAAACUAUCUUCAUAUAUGCUGAAUGUACAGGUACCUAUGGAAGAUCCUGAACCUCAGGACAUAUUGCAGGCAUGGCUUGCUCCUUAACAUAUUUCCAGUGCAUCUUGUUCAGAAAAAUAUCUGAACAUGGCUAAAGUAUACAUUGUACCAAGCCAGAAGCUAACUCAGACUCUGUACUUUAG